GCAAUUAACAUCCUGAAAAGAUAUCUAAAACAUUCUUACACUUAGACCGGUAUAAACGUACAAAAACGCAUAAAUACACCACUGUAAAAUUUACGUUAUGAGUUCAAGGUUCGGAAAUUCUUCUUGCCGGUUAAUCCACUGUGCUUACGGAGAGUUCGCUAAUAUCGAUCGAUUAAUUUAGCAAUGCGGAAAUAAUCUUGCACCAGUUAGUUUCAAGAGACGGUGUUAUUGUCACGUCUUAGAAAUUCGUGUGGUAUAUUUCAUCAUGGUCAACAGGAACUGAACUAUAUAAUAGAUUUUUAUUUACACUAUCGAUAUUAACGUUUAAAGAAAAACACACAACGUUUGCGCCUAUGUGAAUAAACAUCUUAUUCUCUCGAGAAAUAUUUCGAAAUUAACAUGUGUGUUCAAAGAAAAGUGUUCGUCACACGGAAGGUUCCGCAACCCGGAAUCGAACUUCUGGAAGGGGCUGGAUGUAAUGUGGAAUUAUGGGACAGCGAUGAAGCGAUUCCAAGGGAGGAGCUUAUACGGGGGAUAUCCGGUGCUCACGCCCUGUUCUGCAUGUUGACGGAUACGAUUGAUGGCAAGGUGCUGGAUGCUGCGGGACCAAAUUUACAAGUUGUAGCCACGAUGUCUGUAGGAUAUGAACACAUUGAUCUAGAAGCAUGUCGUGCACGAAAUAUUCGUGUUUGCAACACUCCUAACGUGUCCACAGACAGUGUGGCUGAGUUAACAGUGGCACUGCUGUUGCUCACUGCUCGGCGAUUACUAGAAGGGGUUCAGGCUGUUAAAGAUGGGCAAUGGGGGAAAUGGAAGCCUAUGUGGUUGUGUGGUAUGGAGCUUGCACAGAAAACAGUUGGAAUACUAGGACUCGGACGCAUAGGCUUUGGCGUUGCUAGGCGACUGAAGCCAUUCGGAGUCAAAAAAAUUGUGUACCACGAUGUCUGCAGAGUCGGCUACGCAGACGAUAUCGGGGCUAGUUUCGUAGAAUUUGAUAAACUCUUGAUUGAAUCAGAUGUUAUUUGCAUUUGUUGUAAUCUUACACCACAGACAAAACAAAGAUUCAAUAAAUCUGCUUUCAAAAAGAUGAAAAGGCACGCCAUAUUGGUAAACAGCGGAAGAGGCGGAGUGAUAAAACACGAUGAUCUGUUAGAAGCAUUAACUUCCGGAGAAAUUGCUGCGGCUGGACUGGACGUUACAGAACCAGAACCACUUCCGGCGGAUCACCCGCUUGUACAUCAACCGAAUUGUAUUGUUCUUCCGCACAUGGGAAGUAACACUUGGGACUCUAGAAAUAGUAUGUCGGAAACAACCGCCAAUAAUAUAUUAUCUGUAUUUAAUGACCAAACUGCCACUGGUUUGGUGCAGUAGAAAUUGCUUUAGAAUUGUUUUUACUUCCAUGGUAUUUUUGUAGUUAAUAUAAAAAAACAUACUGUUGUUUCUAAAACUAAUACGUUAUUCAUUUCCAGUAGUAUUGUUUCUAAUACUUAUACUAGAUUCGUCAAUUUAAGAAAAUGGACCCUAAAUAAAUUCCGCCAAUUUCCGUGUGAUUUCAUAGUUUUGUCGGGCUGGACGUGGAUUGACCUGAAUUAGCCACAUGACCUAUGUUUACUCAAACGUCAGUUAAUCAUGUUGUCUAUUUCAACUAUCUAGUACUCUUGCCCCUAAUUGAUUCGUCCCAGGUUAAAAAUUUAAUAACGAAGGCUAAUAAGGUCACCAGGGCAUUCCCCCUCUUUCGUCCCCAACCCCUUCUAUUGAAAUAUGACCUUAAAAAUAUUUAUAGUCAAACUGUUUAAUAAAAAAUAUACUUAUUAAGUAGUAAACAAUGUUCACUUGCUUACUGUUUUAGAAAUACCGUGUCAUGUGAAAAUUUGUAAUAGCCUAAUUCAUUUAUAUUUCUGUAUAAUGACAUGUUUCAUAAUAAGUGAGUUAAUAAGUUCUGUUCAACUUCUGUUCUGUUCGUAAAAAAAUAACGAAAAAUGCCGGAAUCGCAUUCGAAUACGUAAUUUGCCGAUUGUUAUUACAGGUCCACUAUCCUAAGAUGCGUCCACUCAAAGAAGUAUAAAAUACAUUUUUUAUAGCUCUUUGGUCCACUGGUAUGUUAUUCAUAAUUAAGAAUUGCCAAUUAAUAAAUAAAUUCGUCGAAAACGAUUGUUUUACACAAAAUUAUUAUAAUGCUGGUAAAUUUGCCAGCUUUAUAAUUUUGUUAUAUUCAAACAUCAUGCUGAUAUAGGCCUAAAAGGUAUACAUGUUAUAUAGCAUGUAUAUACUACGCUUUUCACUGGUAAGAGUUGCAGUCGCAAUCAAGAUAACGUGAUCUAAAAAUAGUUUACCUGUAACGCCCAAGUACAAUAGCUUUACAUGUCUGUGUAAAAUCUGUUUUACAGGUUAGAAACACGUAAUGAUAAAACCCACUGUCGCUCAAAACAUAAAUAUCACUGCAUCUUGACCGUGGGAAAAUGGAGUAAUACGAAACUUGCAUGGGGGCGACAGGUCCGAUUGAGUAAAGAAAUAUAAACACAUUAAACUUGCGUUGUAUGUUAUAAUGCUUUAAAUAAUACUUUACUUAAAUGUAUAAGAUAUAUUUAAAGUUAGAAGAUACAUAUAAAAUUUCUUGAUCACUAUAAAAAGAACUGCCCAAUUUCAAAAUUUGUAACAGCCCUUUUUACCCAUUGGAAUCGUCCAUAUACAAAAUAAAGCGUCGGCGAAAGGGGUUGUAUUUCUUUGUGCUUAUUACAAAAAUCGUAAUUAAUGGAGAAUAAGACAUCAUUUUCAAAGAAAUAUUUGUUUUCAUGUACAUGUUCAGAAUAUUACCGUUGUUCAUCAUCGUUGAAUUUAUGGGAAGUUGUUCUUUUCAAUUAAAAAUAAAUGCUUUACACCCCCUCAAAAUCUUGUAUUUACCCAAUUUUCCCACGGCCUUGUCGGGGAGCUGACAAUCAAAUUUAAUAACAUUACAGCAUAUAAGCAUUCCUGUUAAUAGAUCUAUGCUGACUAGUCUGGACUACAUAAUAAUCUACUCGACCUUUUGACGGCCCCGGAAAAAAAACUUCUCAAAA